GGACGUGUUUUUGUGGCUCGACACAGAGUCACCCGUCGUAAUUGAUGAAGGCGACGCCGAUGAAGAUGGUAUUCCUGGAAUUAGUGGACGAGAUUCUAUUGAUGUUGACUCUGAUGCUCUUGCUUCCUAUAUGUUUCGUGUUAUAGCGAAGUCAGAUAGCAAAACGUAACCAACCUUUUAAUGACAUAACUGCCUACAAUCAGGAUCAGGGCAACCCAGAGCAUGAGUCUGCAUACACAAGAUAUGAUCACUCAAGCUUUUGAAAUAGAAAGAUGAAGCAUGCUAAGGCCAUCAUGGGGGGAAGAAGAAGUUUUGACAGAGAAAAUCUCACUGGCGGGAUAUUAUCUGGUGGGAAGCGUAACCAAUGUGUCAUUUUACCGGCCAAUGUCCCUAUGGUUGCUGAUUCCUUUGAGCGAAGAAACCAGAACUGGAUUGCUCGGGCAAAUUCGCCUCCUGAUCUGAUCAUACAAGUUGGGGAUUCCAGCUUUCACUUGCAUAAGCUUCCUAUGGUGUCAAGAAGUGAAUAUUUGAAUAGGCUCGUCUUUGACAGGAGUAGCAAUAGAGAGAGUGCCGAUAACAUCCUCAAAAUUCAAGUAGAAAAUCUUCCAGGUGGUGCAAAAACCUUUGAAUUGGUGGUGAAGUUCUGUUAUGGGUGGAAAAUUGAAAUAACAGCAAGCAAUGUCGCCUCACUCUAUUGUGCUGCACAUUUCUUGGAAAUGAGUGACGACCUUGAAAAAGGAAAUCUGAUUUCCAAGUCAGACGCUUUUCUGAGCUUUCUCAUGUUAUCUUCAUGGAAAGACACCUUCCGUAUUCUUAAAUGCAGCGAACCCAUUUCCUCUUGGGCCAAGGAAUUAGACAUAGUGAAACGCUGCACAGAAGCAAUAGCUUGGAAGGCUUGCAUUAACCCAAAAGCAUUCAGUUUUGAUUUUGAACAUGCAGAGUUCUUCAAUGCUCAAGCAAGAAAAAUCACAGAAGAUGAAAGCAGUGCAGAUACUUGGUGGUUUGAAGAUGUAUCAUCCCUUCGAAUAGAUCACUUCAUUGAGGUGAUUCAGUCUAUUAAAAGACGAGGAAUGAAAUCAGAUCUAGUUGGAUCAUGCAUAGCACAGUGGACCACUAAGUGGCUUUCCCAAGUCACGUUAGGACUAGAGAAGAUGACUCCCAAACACAUAACCCACCAAUUACACAGAGUUACAGUGGAAUGCUUGAUCAAAAUACUUCCCGCUGAAGAAAACUCAGUCCCUUGCAAUUUCUUGCUUCACCUGCUCAAGACAGGGGUGAUGCUGAAAAUAAACCCAGAAUUGUUGAACAUGCUUGAAAGAAGAGUAGCUUUCAUGUUGGAACAGUGUCGUGUUGAAGAUCUCUUGGUUAAGAAUCAAGCAGGGGACAAUGAUUCUACCUAUGAUGUGGCUGUUGUUCACUGGGUAUUACAAUUUUAUGUUUCUUACAUGUUUACUGAUAGUGCAGCGAAAUUUCAUGUUGUUGGGAGCUUGGUGGAUGGGUAUCUAACACAAAUUGCAAGGGACGAGAAUGUCACAGUGGAAAGCUUCCAAUCAAUUGUUGAAGUUCUGCCUCAAAAUGCUCGUUACUGUGAUGACAGCCUCUACAGAGCCAUUGACGUAUACCUCAAGGCACACCCAGAUUUGACAGAAGAAGAAAGAACAAGGUUGUGUAAAGUUCUGGAGUAUCAUAGAUUAUCACAAGAAGCACGCCAGCAUGUGAUGAAGAAUGAGAGGUUGCCCUUGAAACUGACAACGAGAUUCGUGCUUCUAGAGCAAGUGAGCAUGACGAGAUCAAUGACGAAGAAGAAUUACCGAAGAACAGGCACUCAGACGAUCAUCAGAGUAAGCAAAGAUUUUGAGAACGGAUGGUUGAAUGCCGCCGGCCAGGAGAUACAGACGAUGAGGAAAGACAUGGAAAUGAUGAAGUCGCAGCUUAAGGAUCUGCUUACUUGCAAAAUAAAGCUUCAAAAGCAACUCAAGAGAUUCGUUGGCUGAAACUACACCUGCUUCUUCUUCAUCAUCGUCAUCGUUGUCCAUGGUGUUUCUUGAAACGUGUUUUUGAUUUGAUUAAAACGAGGUCGGACAUAAUACCUCUUAAAUCUGAUGUACCGGUGCUUAUGUAUUUCAUGGUGAUUGUUAAAAUCUUUACUUAUACUUA